AUGACAUAGUUGCCACUAUUCCUAGCACAAAUAAAACUUUAGGACAACUCGACUCAUAAUAUUAACAACUUAAGAGGGUCCUGUUUCCUAAAUAUGGGAAUUUCCACUACCUUUCAUUUCCUAGAUGUGAACUAAACCUAGUUAAAAGCUAAAUUUUAUGUACAUCUUCACGGUUAAACAAAAGACUUAUUGUGCAUUGAACAUUUGAUGGUAGGUACUACAUUUUAGAGCAACUACUAAUUUUUCAUGACGAAAGGGGAAAAAUACUUUGAACUUGAGUUUACUAAGUAUACGGAUAUAUUAGACUUACACAAAAAUGGUAUUUAAUUCUUCACUUUUUGCCAAACAUGGCAAGACAUGAUUCCCAGUACUCUUGAAACAAUGAGUAUUUUUGCAGGAGGCUUGGGAUUAAGUAGAUAUAUUCCAACAAUGGGAGAUCACAUCACUGACUAUCAAAGAGAUAUGAAUAUAGAGUACCUAGAAAAGUAAUUGGGUCUGAAACUAGAGCAAAGAAUAAUUGACACUGUUGAAAUUGAUAAGUCCCUUAUCAAAUCUGGUGAUCUAUUUUUAGUGAGAAGAUUGGAUGGAGUUCAACCAUUUACAAUGGUAGCUAGUGGAAGUCUUGUUGGGCAUGCUGCUAUGGCUUUAUGGUAAGACGACGUGUUGUGGGUUGUUGAAAGUCAGGAUGCUUUGUAUUUUGAAUCGGGUAAAAAAGGAAUUUAAAAGAACAAGUUCGAAGAAUGGAUGCAAUUGGCAGAAUAUGCUGAUUAUGAUGUAGUAUGGAUAAAAAUGAAAUAAACUCUGAGAGCUAAGAAUUUUGAUCUACUUAAAGCUUGGAAAUUCUUUGAUCUGCAUGAGGGUAAUCCAUAUGGCCACAGACAGCAAAUUUUCGCAAUAAUUGACACUCUUGAUCAAAACUAUCCUUUACCGAUUGAAAAAGAAGGGGUCGGAAUGUUGGUCAAGCACAUAUCAGAAUUAUAUCCCGAGGCAUUUAACAGCUUAUUUAAGCCUGGAAUGAAAAGAAGGCUAGGAUUAGUAGGAGAUGAAUAUCAGACCUUUGAAGAAGUUUUUAUUAGAUCUAUUGUGGAGGACAACACUACUAUUCCUGAAAUUUUGGCGCAACCAGAAGAAGAUGUAUGGACUUACCAUGAUGACAAUGGCCUUAUUACAAAACCUUAGUAUUCUUCUAGUACUUUCAUAGUUGCAUUGUACAAAGCAGCAGGCAUGUUCCCUAAUGUUAAAAUUAACGCUUAAGAAUUCACAAUGAGAGAUGUAUAUCAGCUAGAUUUCUUUGAUAAGAAGAAAAGCUAAAGACCUAAGCAAUGCUAAGAAGCUGAUCCUCAUGUUGAAUACUGUUAAUUGAUGGGAGAUUUCAGAAUACAUCUUCCUGGCUUCUCAACAAUAAAACCUUAUGAUAAUAUGAAUGAAAAAUGUGGAAGUUUAGCUUAUUUUUAACAAAGAGAAGAAGGGUGUUGA